CCCUAGCCUUAGCUGCAAUACUCCUUUCUGACAAGGCAAGGUACUCCCAAAGCAAUGUCUGGGGUUAGAGGAUGGAUGGAAGACAGAAGGUACAGGACGGCUGCUGCCUCCGGUACCCCGUUUUCCUCUCAGGGUUACCUCUGGGAUGGCAACAGUAAGACAGAGGAGGCUGAAAACCGUCAGAAGCUGACAACAUCUGAAGAGGAGCAAAGCGGCCAAGCAUCAGUCUAUCAACAACAGCAAGAGCAGCAUGUCAACCCAUAUGUCUUGAUAACUCCAAACAAAACCAGAAGAAACCAGUUGCAGCAAAUUGCUAAGAAAGAGCUAGAUGACCUGGAGCAGUGGAAGGAAGAGCACAGGCCAGGGCCAAUUAAGUUGGCUCCACAGAGACUGGGUGGAAAGGAAUCAGAGGCUCAAGCAAGGCAAAAACAGCAAAUGAUGCUCAUGCAAUCUAAAUACCAGCAAAAGCACAAGAGAGAAGAAUAUGUAAAAGCAAAAAAGGCAGCUGAAGAAGCUGAAAUCCUGAAAAAGAAAGCAAUUCAGAGAGAAAAGGCAGAGAGACUCGAAGGUAAAAAAAGGCAACAAGAAAUGCAAAGAAGAGAGAUGUUCCUUGAAGAUCAAUAUUACAAAACCAAUGAAUUAUUGAACAGAUUGGACUUGGGUUUGCCAAAGAGUGAUUCCUGUCAGAUUGCUAAUAGUGGCCCAGAAUCUACAGCAUGGACAAGAAGCCAUACUUACAAGCAAGCUCUUCAAGAGGAUGAAAACAGAAGAUUAGAGGAAAUGAAGCAAGAACAACGGAGGAAGGCUGAAUUAAUGGAAUUUAAACAAAAGCAGGAAGAGGAAGCCAGGACAAGAGCACAUCAAAAUGAACAGAGGAGGGUAAAUAAUGCUUUCCUGGACCGACUCCAGAACAAAAUGCAACCUAAUAGCAUCUACCAACCUGGAUAUUCUGGGAGUCUGGACUACCUCAGUAACGGCGCCUGGGAGUCAAACUACUUGGAAUAAAGGAGGAGAAAGGGUAUUGGAGAAAUAUUCACUUUUAUCUGGCCUAGGCCAAAUGACCUUGUAAAAGCUCCAAGAAAGCGCGCUUUUAUCAUUGUGAUUUUUUUUCUUACCCUGACUUCAGCUUCACACCCACUUCAUGAGCAAUCUGCAGAGACUGGUUUCUAGCUGUCAUUAUUCACGCAUAUUUGAAGCAGCUGAUUAUGAAAGUCCUGUUUAAUUUUUAAUAAGAGAAUGUGUCAUUUUUUUCUAUAAGUUGUUUUGCCUCUUGCAGAAUGUAAUUAUCCCAGUCUUUGGGAUCUCAGAAAAAGGAGACUUUAGUGGCUGCAGAAGCUGCAGUAAUAUUUGUGUUUACUUGCUGCUCUAUACCCAGCCAAAAAUGUCUCAGAGACUUGAACUAAAGAAGCAGGUAGAGGGUUUUCUUUUGGGAUGGGAAGGAGAAGCGUUGCUGGUUUUGUUUUGUUUUGUUUU